GGCUCUGUUGACAAUUGAGACGACAUCUUCAAUCGCCCAUAACUCCCAGCUUGACCAUUCCGCCCUCAAUCCAGUAAAAACCAAGUGCAAGAUGUCAUUAGACUCUGUUGAGAAAAACAAUGUCUCAUUGAAAGAGCACAAGUCUGACCAACACGUAUUGCCACCAGAAGUUGAAGAAAUCGCUCGAAUUUCUUCUAAGCUCGAAAAUCCUUUGGCUGGAUUGACAACUCAAGAAUUGAUCGAUGAAGCCGAAGAGUUCUGUCUAAAACAUUCUCUACUGGAACAUGUCCAUACUUUUCGUCGAGGUGCAAUUUUGGCGGCCGAUCCUUCAGACCUCGAUAGAUUACCACAGAUCACAGAAGAAGAAAGACAAUGGGUUUCGUUUGAAACCACCCGCAAAUGGAAGCAACCAAUGACGAUGUUUUACAUUGCCGUUAUAUCUUCGAUGGCUGCUAUAGUCCAAGGGAUGGAUGAGGCUGUGGUUAACGGUGCCCAGAUUUUCUACUACGAGCGUUUUGGUAUACCGAGUAACGGUACCAACCAAAGGGCUGUAAUUCAAGGGCUUGUUAAUAGUGCCCCUUACCUGUGUUGUACCUUAUCUUGCUGGUUAACAGAUCCAUUGAAUCGCCGACUGGGUCGGCGUGGGGUGAUCUUUCUUUGUUGUGCAAUCACUGUUUUGGCCUCCAUCUGGCAAGCAUUCACCUACUCAUGGCCCCAAUUAUUCGCGGCUCGUUUGUUCCUUGGCUUUGGCAUCGGGCCUAUGUCCGCUACAGCUCCAAUCUACACUGCGGAAUGUGCUCCAGCUUCUAUACGAGGUGCGCUUGUGAUGCAGUGGCAAGUUUGGACGGCUUUUGGGAUUGCUCUGGGAGAUAUCGUCUCUGUCAUAUUUGUCGACAUCUCUCCGGAUCUGGCUUGGCGCCUGAUGCUUGGUUCAACUGCUGUCGCACCGGUUCUCGUUUGCCUGAUGAUAUAUCCUGCUCCAGAAUCCCCUCGAUGGUAUAUGUCUCGCGGUCGCAUUGCGGAUGCUUAUAAAUCGAUGUGUCGUCUACGAUUUUGUAAUCUCCAGGCCAGUCGAGACGUAUUCUACAUGGCAAAACUGCUCGCAGUCGAACAGGAAACUACGGCUGGGCGAAAUCUUUUCAAAGACCUUUGGCGGGUACCUCGGGUUCGACGGGCAGCUCAAUCUUCAGCUCUGGUCAUGUUCAUGCAACAAUUUUGUGGAGUAAACGUCAUCGCAUACUACAGUUCUCAAAUUUUCAUCGAUGCUGGUUUCGGCCGCAAAGAUGCUCUGCUCACCACUAUGGGAACUGGGCUCGUCAACUGGGUCUUUGCUAUCCCCGCUAUGUACACUAUCGACACUUUUGGCAGGCGUAAUCUCCUGCUAGUUACGUUACCAUGCAUGGCCGUAUGUUUACUCGUUACUGGAAUGGCAUUUUUCAUCCCGCAAGGAGACGAAAAUGAUCAUCGAAGAAUUUCUGUUGUUGCCAGUGCCAUAUAUCUCUUCAUGGCAUUUUACAGCCCUGGCGAGGGACCGGUUCCAUUCACAUACAGUGCGGAGGCCUUCCCUCUUUAUAUUCGUGACUUCGGGAUGUCUUUCGCUACCGCCGUGUGCUGGUUUUUCAACUUUAUCUUGGCAAUCACUUUCCCAUUGUUAUUGACCGCUUUUAAGGCACAGGGAGCUUUUAGCUGGUAUGCUGCAUGGUGCAUCGUUGGAACGGUGCUGGUUUUCUUCUUCUUACCUGAGACCAAAGCUUUGACUUUGGAAGAGCUAGAUGCAGUGUUCUCGGUACCUACUUCCAAACAUGCUUCCUAUCAAGCCAAGAACCUCGUAUAUCACGUGCGAAAAUUCAUAUUUAGACAACGCGUGGAGCCCUUGCCUUCUCUCUACGAGACGGGAAAACUCUUCUCUGCCUCCUAA